CCCAGCUGACAGAUCCGUUCAUCAUGAAUUCAUAUGUUUCUACGAGCAAAGAGCGGUUUUUUCUCUAUAAUACUCUCGCUAUUUUACUAAAGGCCGUCGAAGGUGAAAGAACCACGGUGGAGUUACGCAAUGAAGCAUCUAUUUGCGGUGUUGUUGAGCAAACUGAUGGGUUUAUGAAUAUUAAUAUGAAAGACUGUCUGUUCACGGAUCCAAGAGGUGACAGCUACAAGUACGAGAUAUUUUUUGUACAAGCUCGAAACAUUCGACAUGUGCAUGUACCUGCUCACUUGUGAAGUUUUGAAGAAGCUAUUUUUUCUGACAACCUCAUAUCUCUUCGAACAAAAUAGUCCUUGUCUAUCACUCAAAGAUUGUAGAUUAU